CAUAUAAAAUAUCAAAAUCCGCAUUAAAUUGUAAAAAUUUCAUACAAAACUCAGAAAUAUCUUGAGAAAUUUGUGUGAAAAGUGUCAAAAAGUACCAAAAGAAUCGAUAUUGUGUAUAAAUAAGAGUUAAGCACACUGAAUUUAUGAAAAAAAGCGUAUAAACGAAAAUUCGAUUGCGCCGCCAUUUGCAUUUUUAUUUUUUCUAAUCAUCAGCCUUAAGCAUCGUGUGUAAAUUUUACAAGUUAAACUCUCUAAAACCGACUAAACAUGCUUUUGUUGGCUAAAAGACGUAAAAGAUAAAUAAAUAUAAUACAAAAAUAGUGCAAAAGCAUCUUUACCUUACAUCUGUGAGCAAAAUAUUAAUUUAGGCGUACCGAAUAUGGAUACGGGCACCUUUGACCUGCCAAAUGAUAUUUUCGAUCCAGAUUUGGCGUAUUUGAACGACGAUAUUAUCGACCCCAAGGUCGAGUUAGAAAAUGUGGCGAAACAAGUUGACGCGUCUGUUACGCUUGAACAAAAUACAGCUCUCACAAAAAUAGUGAAGAAGACAAAGCCAUCGACAUCGUCACAACCUGUUUUGGGCAACUUAAAAGUUCAAGUGAGAAAGCGUUCUUCGGGAGAAUUGUUGUCUUUGCUUAGCGGUGAGCAAUCGCCCGACGAUAAACCCGGAACAAGUUCGUCUACCGAUGUAGCUUCGAAUUUAAUGCCUGCGCCGGAAGAACCAUGUUACUUUCCGGAAAAAUGGCCCGGCAAAGUUUGCAUUUUAUGCAAUCUUGGCGAACGAAGUCAAUUGGGACAAGGCGAAAUGUUGCGUAUGGAAGCCGUCGAAGAAGAAGCUGGCAACGGAAACUUGUCAACGUUGACGACGGAAGAAAAAGCAGAUGCAUUGUCACAAGAAGCAGAAAAAGCAGCUAAUGCAUUAACAGCUGGCAUUUUGGCGAGCAACAAACGUCAAAAAGGUGUCAAUAAAUGUAAAGUACCUGCAGCCAAUGCCGAAUAUGUCGACGAAUUAGAGCGCAUUGGACACACAGAGCUAUCCGAGUUCUCGGCAUUUGUUGACUCUGGUCACUAUUACGUUCAUCGUUCUUGUGCAAUAUGGUCGUUUGGAGUGCAACGUGAAGCAAAUGGAUCUCUCACAAAUGUGCUCGCCGUUGUAACUCAAGCUUUGAAGGCAAAGUGCAGCUAUUGUUCACGAUAUGGCGCGAGUCUCGUAUGUAAAAUGUCGUGUUCAAAGAACUUUCAUUUUCCCUGUGUUGCUGCUGCCGGAGGAUUUCAAGUCAUACAAUCAUUUACCUCAUUUUGUAAAGAACAUUUAGGACAAGUGCCUCUAGUUUGUACGGAUGACAUAAAUUGUAGAGUUUGCUCAGGAUUGGGAGACGUCGGAAAUCUAAUGAUGUGCUCUCGGUGUGGUGACCAUUAUCAUGGUUCAUGCAAGGGAAUCGCACAAUUGCCUGGCGCUCGUGCUGGAUGGCAAUGUGACUCUUGUCGUAUGUGCCAAAUAUGUCGUGUACCUGACUCCGCUGAAGGGCGUCUCUUGUCCUGUGAGCUAUGUGACAAAGUUUAUCACGUAAACUGUAUCCGUCCCGUGAUGACGUCAGUUCCAAAAUACGGAUGGAAAUGUCGUUGUUGUCGUGUCUGCACUGAUUGCGGAGCACGAACACCCGGAGCAGGAGCUUCGUCACGCUGGCAUAAUCAUUACACUGUUUGCGACUCAUGUUACCAGCAACGCAACAAGGGCUAUUCUUGUCCUGUUUGUAAUCGAGCUUAUCGGGCAGCUGCAUACAGAGAAAUGGUCAAAUGCAGUGCUUGUCAAAAGUUUGUGCAUGCAACAUGUGAUCCAGAUGCAGAACUAACAACUUAUCAAGCCAAAAAAGAAACAAAUCCAGAAUACGAAUAUGUGUGCGGGCCAUGUAAUAAGCUUGUUCAUACGGGGCGAAUUGCUGCUGCCAUGCGACGAAAUAGCACCCUGGAUGACGAGAGUGUCGGAAGUCAAGAAAAUUUUGAUAUGGAUAUGGAAAUUGAAGAAAUAAAAAUUAGUGCAAGUGACAUUGGGCUUGGGAAAGGAAAACCAACUAGCUUAGUUGCAAGUAAAAUUGCAAAGAAACGCUUAGGAUUGCAUCAUGGCGCUGGCAUAACAAAAGCAAAAGUUGCUGCAGGAAAAUUGCCAUAUCUGAAAAAACAAAGAUUUGGCGACUUUGGUCGUAAAAAGAGUAUGAAAUCGAAAACGGCAACGGGCGUUUUUGGAACAGCUGGCGUUUCCUUACAAAAACCAUUAGCAGAUAUAAACAAAAGUGCAACUGAAGAUGAUGCAAAUGACAAUCGACUUGUCUUGUGCUCAGCAAAAGAUAAAUUUGUUCUGACUCAAGAUAUUUGUGUCAUGUGUGGUGCGAUUGGAACAGAUCACGAAGGCUGUUUAAUUUCUUGCGCUCAAUGUGGUCAAUGUUAUCAUCCAUAUUGCAUCAAUAUCAAAAUAACGAAAGUAAUUCUUGAAAAGGGAUGGCGUUGUCUAGAUUGCACUGUUUGCGAAGGCUGUGGACAGAAAAACGACGAAGCACGUUUAAUUUUAUGUGACGAUUGUGAUGUCUCGUAUCAUACGUAUUGUAUGGAUCCUCCUUUAGAUUUUGUACCACACGGCAAUUGGAAGUGCAAAUGGUGCGCUUCGUGCCAAAAAUGCGGCGGAAAUGUUCCUGGAUUCAAUUGUACUUGGAUGAAUAGUUAUACAGAGUGUGGGCCAUGUGCUAGUCAAACAAGUUGUUGCGUCUGUGAGGAAGGUUACGCAGAUGGAGAACUUAUUAUUCAAUGUACUCAAUGUGAUAGAUGGUUGCAUUGUUUGUGUGACACAAUUAGAAAUGAAGCUGAAGCUGAUAAAUGUAGCGAAGAGGGAUACAGUUGCCCAUUGUGCAGACCAGCUGGCGUUCCUCCGCCGCAUUUGAGACCCAAAAAGAAAGUGCCCGAAAAAUCAUCUAAAACGCCUACUUCAAAGACUCCAGAUGGCGAUAAAGAUUAUCCGUUGUCUUUGGAAGGAACACAUUUCCUUGACGGAGUUUGCCUAAACGAUCAUGGCUUGAAUCAAAUAAAAUAUUUACAAGCAGAAUUGAGUAAACAACGUCCAAAGAGAAAACCAAAAACAGCUGAGCUCCCUCCUCCAUUGCCAAAGGAUGAUGGAAUUCUUGCUGCAAUUGAGUCAGUCGUUGCUAGUACUAGUCUUGAUAAUUCUAUGGAAGAUGUCAAGGUUGAUAUGCUUGAUCCUAAGGAAGAAGCAGAAAUUUACAAAGAUGGCAUGCCUUGGACAACAACAGAUCCGCCACCCGAAGGAUUUUCUGUUUUUACAACAGAACAAGGAACCGUUGUUUUGCGAAAGAAACGACAACGCAACUUGCAAAAACUCGGAAUUGGAGGUUUUGCUGUUCGCAAUCGAAACUUUCGUCAAAAAGACGAAGGCGAAGAUUUUGAAAGCAUGGCACAAACAAUGGACCAAUCAAAUACUUGCGACGUUGUCGAUACACCUACAGCACUCAAUCCUCCAGACCUCAAUAAAAAUAAAAAGAAACAGCAACGGAAAAAGAACAAAAGUAAAUUAAUUGAAACAUAUCCCAACUACCUCCAAGAAGCCUUUUUCGGAAAAUCAUUAUUAGAUCCAUUACCACAAGUUAAAUUUGAAAUACAAAGCAGCGAUGAUGAAUUAAAAACAGAAGUCUCAGAUGACAAAACUAUAAAACUAAAUGCCGAUGAGCUCAAACUAAUUGAAGCAGUCAAAUGCAAAAAUGAACAAGAAAACAGCGACAAAAUUGAAAAACCGCUGGAAAAUAAAACACUUACUCGAGUACAAGAAAUCAAAAAAGAAGAAGCUGCUUUAGACGAUGACGAAAACAACAGUGACACAGAAGCAUUGAAAGAAAUGCUGGGACUACCAAACGAUUUGGUCGACAACGAUCUUAUUACUUCUAUAAUGAACGAAGAUGAGCUUUCCAAAGCAUCAGCUGGCUUAGACGAUGUAACGCCAAAAGAUGAGUUGGCUGACAUGCUAACUGAUCCUCAUUUCAAUUUGGACUCAUUGGGUACAAUGGAUGGCAAAGACGUCGAAGAAAUUUUCAAAGGAGUCCUGACUGAUGAGUCUCAAGAAUCACAAGAAUCUAUUUUUGCAAACUCUGUGAACAGUGGCAUGACAUACUCACGAACAUCUACGCCGCAACACGUUGCUAACAUUCAAUCACCGAGUGUCAUGCAAUCUCCAAGUCGUCUUGUUCCACAGCAGCAGCAACAACCCCUUAUGCAGGCACAGCAAAAUAUUAUUCAAACUCAACCAAAUCAGAUGAUUGCGCAACAAAUACACACAACUGCCAUACCACAGCAACAACAAAUUCGUACAAUGCCAGGAGGACAACAAUAUCAUGUAACUCAAGGGCAAAUAUCACAAAUGCAGCCCGGAAUGGUUCAACAGCAAACGAUGCAAAUGCAAGGACCACAAGGUGUUCCCCAACAACAGCAGCAGCAACAAAACAUUCCAAUAGUUGGACAAGUUCAUCAAAUGAACAGAGGGUACUAUCAUACAUAUCAUUAUCGUGAUAAUAAUUACAAUAUGCAUCAAAGGAACCAAUUUAGUCCAUUAUACGGACCAAAUGGAGAACAAUUACAACCGGCGCAGAACAUACAGCCCGUUCAAGGAAAUCCUCAACAAUGGCAACAAAAUGUUAACAUUUCGAACCAACAAAUGUCAACGACAAUGGUUCCCGUAAUGGAUGUUAAUAUGGUAACAGGGCAAGUGCCUGGAGGAGAUGAUAUGAGUAUGUCAUCAGCUCCAUUGAGUUACAAUCAGAAAAAUUCAGAGCGUAUGCGCCUUGACGAAGCACUCAAUAAUGACGCUACAAUUUCAUGUGUUUUAUAUGCAAACACAAAUCAUCCUGAGUUACGCAACGAAUAUCCCAUUUGGGCAGAUCGUUUCAAACAGAUUCUCAAAAAGUGGCGAACUUUGUCAAAUGAACAAAAACAACCUUACUUGACAAAAGCUCGAGAGAAUCGAUCAGCUAUCCGUAUGAAGAAAGCGCAACAGGUUCAACCUCAGAGUUCUCCCAAAGAAUCCAGCAGUAGUAAUCCAUCGCCAGCAACUACGCCACAGACGAUCAUCCCCAAUACGCCAACCGAUCAAUUGGACCAAGGACAAACUAUUAUUGUACAACACGCUGGUCCUAAUGCACAGCAAAUUCAUCUUGUUGGUGCACAGCAGCAGACACAACAACUUAAUACAGUGCAACAGCAGCCUAACGUUGUGUUGCCUGCAGCCUCUCCCAUACAACAAUCACCUGUAUCUCAACAACAACUCAUUGAGGAUCAAGAAAAAAUCAAUGCGCAACAAAAGAGUCAGCGCGAAGCUGAACAAGAAAAUAAAUGGAAGCAAAUGCAAGCGCAUCGUGCUCGUGAGCAGCAAAUGCAACAACAAUUGAGCUUCAAUCCUGAUCCGAACGGUCAACCUCAACUUCAGCAACCAAAUAUAGAUAUCAAUAUGUCACCAAAUUCGAGGCAACAAUUUGUCACUCCGAUAAACAAAAUUCAUCCAAGUAUGACACCUCAAAGUCCAAACGCAGCAAAUUUCCAACAUCCUGGCAUGCAAAGGCAGAUGUCACAACCAAACAUGAUGCCUCGACAAAUGAAUCCUGCACAACAAAGGCCAAUGAAUCAAAGUCCCUUCUCACCUCAAACGCCUGGAACUCCCCAAUCGCCUCAUGAUUUGUUCCCUAAUCCUCCCGUUCAAACAGGAGUUGAUCAAUUUCAACGACCUGAAGGAAAUCAAGAUGUUUUUCAAAGUCCUCAACCACAAAGAGUUGGUCAGGAAAGUCCAAAUCAAACAGCAAAUCGUAGUCCUGCAUAUCAAAUGGCUCCGCAAUCUAGUCAACCACAGCCUGGAUAUGCUCCCGGAACUCCUCGACCAAACUUUAGUACAAACACUGUCAGACCAACAGUUUAUGCACGACCCGGAGAGUUAUUCAUACCAGGCGGAAACAAUACUCCUCCGUUCCAAUCUCCUCGUGCAGAAACAUUCCAGCAACCUUCACCGCAAGAAGGAAAUCGUCAAUUAAGAGAUUUAUUGCAACGCCAACAGGCUCCUACUCAAAAUCAACAAUCGCCAAAUCCAGCUCAAUCUCCAACACAAAUGUUCGAUAACCAAAGUAAUUUACAAAGUCCUGUAAAUGCACAGAAUCCAGCAGAUAAUUUCCGACAACCACUUCCUCCAGGUAUGAUACAACGCCCAACUCGAAUGCCAGCAACAAUGAUGUCUGGAGGUACAAUUAUCAGAAAUCAAUUGAUGCAAGGAGGUCAAAUUGUUCAAGGACCUCGUGCUGUUGUUAUGACAGGGGAUGUUCGACAAAAAUUCUUACGACAAGGCAAUGUUAUUACGCAACAACAAGUAAUAAUGCAAGGAGGUCAACAAUUUAUUAUUGGUCCACAAGGACAAAGAAUGCCUGUCAUGCAACAACAAACUAUGCAGCAAUCUGCGACAGGAGAUCAGAAUAUUCUAUUGCAGCAAAGACUUCAGCAGCGACAAGUACUCGUUGGGCAGCAAAAUAUGCAACAAAUUCAAACUAACCAACAAAUUACUCAUCAAUCGAAUAUUCAAGGAUCCUCAGAUCCAGCUUCUGCACAAAGUACGGGAGAACAACAAGAAAUUCCUGAUAUUGUAACUGCAGAAAUUGAAAAACUUGAACGAGAACAAGAAGAAACAGGAGAAGUAGAAGGCGUUGGUGAAUUCCUCACAAAAUUGGAAGACGAUGAUGAUGAGUUGUUAGUUUCAUUGACGACUGAUAUGGGAGAUGACUUUAACCUUUUGGAAUAUGCUGAUCCAGAAUUAGAAGGCGAUGGAGAAAAAUCUAACUUUUUGGACAGUCUUGAUUUAGAUGAGCCAAUAUUAGAUGUAGCUAUGGAUAAAACUGAAGAGAAAAAAGUCGAACAACCAAAGGUAGUUCCAAAACAAACUAUUCCGCAACAGGCUUCACAGCCAACGACAAAUAUUCAGAUGAAUCAACAAAUACAAAUGCAAGGAAAUAUGCAACAAAACAUUAUCCAACAACAAGGACAACAAACACAGCAUGUUAUUGUCAAUACACAACAAGCUCCAGGUCAAACAGCUAUUCAUCGUUUCAAGACAUUACCUCAAGGGCAAAUCACACAACAAAUGUUGCCGGCUAAUUUUCAACAAAUUCAGCAACAGAUGCUACAUCAGAUUCAACAAGCAGCUGCAAUGGGAAAACCAAUGGCUCCCGGAACACAACUUCAAAUGGAUGGUGUCAUUGGCAUUGUAACUGCUAAUAACGGAGUCCAAAUUAGUUUGCCUAACAUGAUAAACAGGCAAGGAAUAAUUCAAAAUCGUCCCGGCAUUCAGCAUAUAAGAAUGCAAGGUCAAAAUAUUCCUGGUCAACAAGGUCCUCGAAUGAUGCAUAUUCAAGGAACUCGAAUUAUCCAUCAGACACAAUUACCUCAACAAACAACUACUGUUGUUCAAAAUCAACAAAAUACAUUAGUGCAACAGCUUCAGCAACCAUCAACUGGUCAAUCGGCUGCUCCUCCGCCGCCGUAUCCGGAGCCUCCUCCGCCAUAUCCAGGAGCAAAUGCUCAAGGAAAUCAGGAACAACCUCUUCUUUUGGAAGAACUCGUAGAACAGGAAAAACGAGAGCAAGCUCAAGGACAGCCUGGUCAAAGUAUGAUAAAUCCAAGCUUGGUUAAUAAUCCGGAAUAUGAAAAAAUUCAUGCAGAUUUAGUUGGAUCAACAUCGCAAAUGUUACAAAAUAACCAACAAAUUAUGACUCAACCUGGAAUUCAAAGAGCGGUUAACAAUCCAGGAAUCCGAGCACAAUUCAUGCCGCGAGGAGUUCAAAAUAUGCAACAAGGAAAUUGGAGACCUCAAAUGCCUCAAACUCCUUCAGGUCAACCUCCAAUGAGCUCGCCGACAAUUUCAACAAUGCAACAACCUCCCGCUCCAUCUACGGGAGGAACAAUUCAACAGACUGUUCCAUUGUAUCAAGCUAAUUUCCAACCAGCGCCUCCUGUUCCGCCAGAAAAUAUUCAGAGUGAAGCUGAUGAGCGUGCACAAAAAUUGUAUGAACAAUGGCUUGAAUCUCACAAUAUAGCACUGACAAAUCAACUUAACUACUAUGAAACUGAAGUUCAAAAGCUUCGAAAAGCUCGCAAAACGCUGAAUAGUAAGCAAAGACAACUCAAAAAGACAGGAGCUGAUUUAAGUGAUGAGGAUCAACGUGAACUGGCUAAAGUUCUUCAAGAGCAAAGUAUUAUUCAAAAGCAACUUGAACAAUCUCGUAAGCAGAUGAAACAACAUACUUCAACAAAACAAGAGUAUGAAAGCAAGAAAAUGGCUAAAUUACAACCUCAAGGGCAGCCAGGACAAUCUCCUGCUCAUAUGGAAAAUCAAUCACAAUUAAUGCAUCCUGGUCAGUCUCCUAUGAAUCCACAAAUGAUGCAUCAACCAGUUCCAAGUCCUUUACAAUCACCAAGUCCAUUAAUGGCAUCUCAAAGUCCCGGACCAUCUAUUUUGCAAAGCCCAAGUAAUCACAAUUCUCAAAGCGCAAUGUCUCCAUACAAUACUAUGAGCCAAUCGCCGCGCAUUGGAACACCGCACACUCCAAUCGAUGACAAUCCGUUUAGUCCAAAUAACAUGGUUGCUGGACCUUCUCCUUCGCCAUCACUUCAAGGAAGGCUUACUUCGCCUGCGCCUCGAAUGACAUCGCCUCAACAUCGUAUGGCAGCUCCUGUUAUGGCAGGAGGUCGAUUGAUCACUGCAAGCCCAGGUCAACAAUUUCAAGGGCAACAAAAUAUCGUUGUUCAAAGUCAAUUCCAAAAUCAAAUGCAACAACCUGGAGUACAAAUGCAAGGGCAAAUGCGUUUUGUUCGUCCUCAAAUGAUGUCAAACGAUCCAAAUUUGCGUAUGAGAAUGCCUGCAAACUUCCAACAAGGUCAAAUUCAACAAAUAAGACAAGUUCAGCAAGGCUACACAUCUCCGAUUGGAAGUCCUCAGUCAACACAAAUGCAAAUUCAACAACAACAGCAACCUGGAAUGGGCGAUGGAAUGAUAAUGCAAAACAAUAGAGGAAUGCAGCAAAUGGUUCAGCAACGGCAAAUGAUGCAACAACGUCAAAUGCAACAACAAAUGCAAGUUCAAAAUAACCAAAAUAUGCAAGUAAUGAAUUCACAAAUGAUGAAUCAGCAACAAAAUCAGCAAACAAUUGUCCAAAUGCAACAAAAUCAAUACGCAAGACAGAGCCCAAUUCAUCAACAACCUCCAUCUCCAUUGCUUAGUCAAAAUAAUCCAAAUUCGCCAAUGACUCCUCGCUCACCAAUGGUUAAUUAUGGUCAGCAGCAACAACAGCAAAAUCCAACAAGUCCAAUGAUGAUGGGAAAUUCUCCGCUUAUGAGACGCCCUCCAAGCACUGGAUUGCCAGAAAGACCUCAAAGCGUUGAAAGUUCUCCAAGAAUGAAUCAAUAUGGCAUGGAUCAAAGCAGCGGAGGAGGCGGAGGAAACAUUCCGGGAAAUCCGAUUCCUUGUUUACCUCCAGCUGACUUCUUCUAUCGCAAGCCUGGUUUGCGAGGCGGAACUCCAAUGUGGGGAGCAGGAAGAGGAAAACGACCUCCAGGUCCCCAAAAUACUCGACAAGGAAAUGCUAAAACUACAAUCGUCAAAAAUAAACCAAUUCUCAUUGUCAAUACAAGUCAAAUGACUGCAUCAUCAUCCGCUGAACAAGGACAAAGUUCUUCGGCAUCAGAUAAACGAGCAAAAUUACAAAAACAAGAGAGUGUUGUUAUUGUUGACAGUAGUCCUGAACGUAUGAUGGAUUACGAUGAUGACAAUGACAAGAGUCUCGUUGCGGCAGAAGUUUCUCUUAGUUCAGUUGCCCAGCAUAUUGGAGAAAAUGAUGAAAUUCAUAUAGAACAAUACAAUUCAGGUUUUGACAACAUUGCAUCAAGUCCAUUAGAUGGAACAGAAGCCAAUGACGAAUACGUUCUAUUCAACUCAGAUGUUGUAAACUACGAUGAUGAAUCAUUACGCACAAAAGAAACAAAUAUGGCAGAAGAAGAAUCGCAAGGAGAAAUCCGUAUAAUAGAGACGCCAAAUGUUGAAGUGUCUUCAGAAGUUGUUCGUGUAGCAAGCGCGAAAGUCACAGCAACGACAGAAGAUUUCGAGGCAAUGAUUGAUCACGGAAGUAAGGAUGGAGAUGGAGUUGACAAUAAAUCAGCAUCCACGAGUACUAAACAAACAAUUGCAGCUAAACAAGAACCACCUGUAAUAACAAUUUCGCAAGCAAAAGUUCCUGCAUCACAAAUUCAAGCUCAACAAAUUCAACAAAAACAAACUACAUAUAGUCGAACAAUAAUUCCGGGAAAUCUUCUUUCGGGAGCAACAAUUGUAACAUCAUCUGCUGCUGCAGUUGCUGCUCAUAAAAAAGAUGGAACACAAACAACAGCAAAAGUUUCAAUUGGAAAUAAAACGAUUCAUGUCCCUGUACUAAAAAGUGGCUUUUUGCAACAAGGAACGCAGCAACAAGGUAAACAAAUUCAGAUGAAGAAGAUUGGCCCGCAGUCAUCCAUCAACUUGAUUAAAAAUCCCACGAUUAUUCAAGUUGGAAACAGAAGUAUUAAAAAUCCGAAUAUUGUCACGUUAUCGUCGCUUAAUUUGACAACACCCAUCAAUCCUGCGAUUCUAACAAAAGCAUUUAUUCGUCCUAUGAAUGCUAAUGUUCAUAAAGUUGAUGUCGUAACAACUGGCGAUAAGUCAAAAACUCAAAUAACACAAAUUCAACAACAUGCAACGCAAUCUACAGCGACAGUUAAUGAAAAAUUUAUACAAAUUCAAACAAAACCAUCUUCAUCACAAGCCACAAUGUCCUUCACAAAGCUUUCAUCUCUAAUGAUGACUCAAGAUGCAUCUUUACCAACAAAAAUAUUUGAAGAUGAAUCCGUAUCUCCGGACAACAGUACGACAGAAGUUGCGGAAGACACAAAUAAUUCUAUUACCGUAACUAAAAAAGUUGUCGAGCAAAAGCAAGUUACAUCAAAAUCUGACGAUAAAGGAGAUAGCGACGAAUUGAUGGAUAUGAUGGCAUCUAUUACCGGUGAGUCAAAAUUGUCUCCGCCUACGAAUGUUCAACAAGUCAAAUCCGAUGUUGUCAAUACAGACGACUUGGUUUCGACGCUCAGCGAUAACUCUCAAGAUUCAAAAGACGGAAUAAAGGUCGUUCAAGCGUCUCCUAACUCAAAUCAAAUGGAGGGAAAGAAACAAGGAGUAAUUCCUGUUCAUGUUAUAAUUAAAUCGCGUGAAUCAUCUUCCAGUCCAAUUUUACAAGGAAACGUUGGGCAGCGACUUGUAUCGGUUGUACCGCAAUUAAGUCCAUUGUCACAACCGAAUGAAUUGACACAAAAUGUAACAAAUGUUUCGCAACAAUUGCGAAAUAUCAUGUCAUCGAUCAAUCCGGGAACAACAAUAUCUCAAAACACAAAUCAGAAUGCAAAGAAAGAAGAUUCAGAAACAAAGCCAGAAACAACAAUCCAAAAACAAAUAGUUAAAACAGAACAAUCACAACAAGGCACAAUAUUGGCUACACAUUUGCAACAGAUUAGCUCACAACCGCCAAUCUCGGCUCCAUUAACAUCUCAGCAAGGUAACAUUGUGGUUGUUAAGCAUAUACGAAAUCCAAAUACUCAAGAUGGUCAAGGAAAUAAUGGACAAACAAUUGUCGUAAUGAGUCAACCACAAAUGUUGCCGGGAAAUAAUUCAGUUAUAAUCACACAAGGAGCGCUGAAUAAACAACAAACAAGUAUUUUGAGCAAUCAAUUGCAAGGAGUGACACAACAAGGUGUUACGCGAAUUAUAAACUACUCAGAAAACCAAAGUCAACCGCCUGCGUUAGUUGUAACAGGUCGCCAAGGUGUUACUGGACAGCAAAUUGCUGUAGCUUCUUCAUCAGGCGGAAGUAUUUUGAGCGCUACAUUAUCACAACCUCCCGUGAGCAAGACAGUUAAUGUCUCUAAUGCAACAAUAACUAAUUUACUUCAAACGCAGUUGACGUCACCGUCGUUCCGUCGGAGCAAAUCAACUGACGAGGUUCCUGCAUUCAUGAAAGAUAAUAUUCCGGGACACAUAACGGGCAUCAAACGUCAUAGCAUCGAAGCAAGCAGUAUCAAACCAGAACCAAUGGAUACGGAUGAAAAUAACGUAAGCUCAACAACGACAUCUGUCACAUUGUCGAGCAAGCCAAACGAAGCGUCAUCCAGCAAUUCCAUCACAAUUGUAACAAACCGAAUAACAUCCAUGCCUGCACCGCAAGUCAAACAAGAUAACGAGUCGCAAAAUGUUCUGUUGAAACAGCUGUUGCAAAAUUCAGGCAGCAGUGUCAGUGUAACUCCAACAACAACAACUCUAACAAACAGACCAUUGUCAACUGUUUUAACGAGCCAAUCACGAGCUCCAAGCUUAGGAUUUGCAAGUUCUUUGGAAGAUCAGCUAUCAAGACCCGUAAUUCCUCCGAAUUUGAAUCAACCCGUAUCAAUUUCAAGCAGCUCUGCUUCGCUUAUGAAUACGCAAUCGAUCAACAAAACAACUAUCACAACGCAAUCAAGUACAGAUUCUUUGAAGAGCAAUAUUGUAACUUCAAAGUUGGUUACACGAGAAACGUCUUUUGUCUCAAAGCCCGCAACAACGUCAGCUACUCCGACAGUAACUACUCAGUCAUUUGUCACGCCGUUACAUAACAGUCAUAAUCAGAGUUCUGUGAGCGAGAUCCGUAAAAUCAUCGGAAGUACAUUUGCCAACAAAGAUGAAGGAAGUUCAUUCUUGUCUUCAUCUAUUUUGCAGACUUCAAAACUUGCCGAAACUUCUCGUGAAUCGCCGCCCGUUUCCAAAACAUCUGAAACAACAGAAACUUCGCAAACUCUUCCUCCAACCACACAACAAGAGCAAAUGCCACGCAUUGAUGGCAGUAUUAGCAGUGGUCCUCCGCCAAAUGUUGUAAUUAAGAAGGAAGACAUGGUUCCUACGAAUAUUCUACAAUCGUCACUCGCAGCACAGCAGCAACGCACAACAACUAUUGAAAAUCCAAAUACUCCUGCUGCUAUUUCGGCGAUUCUUAGUCAGUCUUUGAAUCAACAACAACAGCAAUCUACUAUCCAGCCAGCAUCUCAAGUCACAACAACUAUGACUCCUGUUACGGUGCAAAGUACAACAAUAAUGAAAGUUGAUCCAAAUUCCGCUGUUGUUACGACGAAUCAACCACAAGCUCCGGAAAUGAUCAUCAAACAAGAGAUAAAAAUCGAAAAAGACAUUGAAGGACAUCAAGAUUCACUUGGUUCAAACAUAACUCCUACAAUGGAAAUCAAGAAAGAAAUUAUUGGCAUGCCACAAAUGCAGCCAACUACAGGAAGUUUUAUGUCACAAAAUACUCCAACGACAGAAAAAACAAGGGAGGAAAUUGAAGCAGAGAUAAAAGAGCGGGAACUUGCUGCCUUGGAAUUAAAGAAGAAGAAACGACGAGAAUAUCAAAAGAAUCGUCGACAACAACAACUUCUCAAAAACGAACAACUUAAAACGCUAAAGAAGACCAAAAAACCAUCUAAAUACGAAGAAGACUACGAUACCUUCAUUGACAAUCUGAUAACACAAAUUCGCCAAUUACCGCCUAUGCAAGUGUUGGAGCCUUUGCUUCCGAGAAAUUAUAACGUUUGUGCCAUGCAUGGAACAGGCGAUUUGAGCAAAUUUUCAACUCAAAAGAAUUAUAGUUUCAUAAACGGAGACUUGGUAGGCGAAUUUGGAAAAGCUGAAUUACCAUCAGUUGGAGACUACUUCAAUAUCAAACCGUUUGGAUAUAAAGAUCCCGUGCCAAAAGCAAUUCCUGUCUCAACGCAAUGGGGCUUUUACGACGCAGAAUUCCCCAUUAUUAGAUUUGACGAAGCCGAUGAUCGUCGACGAUACGAUUUCGGGCAUAAAGAUCGAGAUAAUGACACGCCAGACAGCAUCAUCAGCUCAAGUAGUCCUGAAUGUGUGCGUUACGAUCCUCCCGUAAUGUAUCCCGGCUUACGUUUGAUCAAGGAAGAAGAAAGCGAAGACGAAGAAUUGGUUAUCUCGAAACGCAUGUCUCCAACUGUGCCCAUUGUUGCUCCUGUGCCAAUCAGAUUGAAACCUGGAUCGGUCAUUAAUGUCGAGAAAAUGCACGAAAGUGGCAGUAACAACAAAGAAAAUGAAGGCACGAAGGAUAUUGUCUCACUUAAGAGUCGAUUGGGAGCAACAACGCCUUUGAAAGACUCAAGUAACUUGACAGUGACUCUAACACUCACGUCAUCAGCUGCCGAAGACAUCAUGGGAGUUCUGAGGGAUUUGGCGAACAUUUUGCAUAUUCCUCCGCCGAAUAGUUAUCAAAUUGUUGAGCGAACACAAACGCCGCCAAGUCAAAAAUUGGGUCUUUAUCGCAUCAAAGGCAAGGAUGGAAAAGAAGGAGAACCAAUUGACAUUCAAACGAUCUUAAAUGGAAAUGCCAAAUUCUGUCGACAUUGCGAUGUUGUCAUUCUGAAUCAAGUCGUGAGAGCAAAAUCUUCAGAUUUCCCAUUAUUGGCUAACAAUACAAACAAAUUGGAAUUCGAAUCAGAAGAUUUGUACUUCUGCAGUCGUUCGUGUUAUAAACAGUUCCAAUGGCGCCCAACUAACAUCACCGAAGAUAAACAAUUAGACUCGAAUGGCAACACAAAACUUGGAGUAUUCGACUUCGAAGACGACUCGAUGAAAAUGGAAGUUGAUGCAGAUGAAUCUAGCAAAACGUCGAUUAGCAGCAUGGAUAGCAAGAGCGAAAAAUCACGCAAAUUAAUCGAUGACUGUGAUCUUCCUCCUGCAAAAGCUCCCAAAUUGGUUCGUUGGCGCACAUAUUCAUCUUCUGUGUUCCCUUCGCCGCCGAAGAUCAAGCGAGAAACCGAACGAGAAAUUGUCCAAAACUUGUUCAGGAUGAAUAUCACGGUAACAGCUGGGCCAAAAACUGAUGAUACGAGAAAAUGCAUCUUUUGUCAUCAAAUCGGCGAUGGCGUUGCUGAUGGUCCAAGUCGUCUUCUCAACUUUGAUGUCGAUAAAUGGGUGCAUCUCAAUUGUGCUUUGUGGUCCGAUGGCGUUUACGAAACGGAAAAUGGAGCACUAAUGAACUUGGAAGCUGCACUUCAACAAAGUUUGACAACAACAUGCUACAUUUGCAAUCAACUUGGAGCGACGAUCAAAUGUUUCAAAAAUCGCUGUGCAAGUGUGUAUCACUUGAAUUGUGCUUUGAAAGACAGUUGUGUCUUUUACAAGAACAAAUCAAUGAUGUGUCAAGUACAUGCAACGAAGAGCGAACGAGAUCAAGAACUUACAACGUUGAGUGUUCAGCGACGCGUUUACGUUGAACGCGAUGAAUGUCGUCAAGUUGCUUCCGUGAUGCAUCAUUCGGAACUUAGCAAUCUGAUGCGUGUUGGUAGUUUGAUUUUCUUGAAUGUUGGUCAAAUUUUGCCGCAUCAAUUGCAAGCGUUCCAUACAUCGAAUUUCAUCUAUCCGAUUGGCUACAAAAUGAUUCGUUUCUAUUGGUCGAUGCGACAUCCCAAUAAGCGUUGUCGUUACGUAUGUUCAAUCGCCGAUGUUUGCGGACGUCCUGAAUUCCGUGUUUUGGUGCAGGAACAAAAUGAAGAAGACAUCGAGUUACGUGAUAAUUCACCGAAAGCUGUGUGGCAACGAAUUCUCGAACCAAUUGCUGAAUUGAGGAAAGACAAUCGUCUUAUUCAAUUGUUCCCGAAAUUCAUGACGGGCGAAGAUCUCUUCGGGUUGACUGAACCAUCGGUCGUUCGGAUUCUCGAAAGUCUUCCGGGAAUCGAAACAUUAACGGAUUAUCGGUUCAAGUACGGGAGGAAUCCCUUAUUGGAGCUUCCGCUAGCCAUAAAUCCAUCGGGCGCCGCAAGAACUGAGCCAAAGUUGAAACAAAGUGUGACAUGGAAGAAGCCACAUACGCAACGAACUGGAUCAACAAGCCAACGACCAACAUUUGUGUCAACGAAUACAGUAGCGGGAGAAGUAGCAUGUCCUUACAGCAAACAAUUUGUGCACUCAAAGAGCUCGCAGUACAAGAAGAUGAAACAAGAAUGGCGCAAUAAUGUCUUCUUAGCAAGAUCAAAAAUUCAAGGCUUAGGCUUGUACGCUGCACGUGACUUGGAAAAACACACGAUGGUCAUUGAGUACAUCGGUGAAAUCAUUCGCAGUGAACUAUCUGAAAGACGAGAGAAACAAUACGAAGACAAGAACCGCGGAAUUUACAUGUUCCGUUUGGAUGAAGAGCGUGUCGUUGAUGCCACAUUGAGCGGCGGUCUCGCACGUUACAUCAAUCAUUCAUGUAACCCGAAUUGUGUCACGGAAAUCGUUGAAGUAGAUCGAGAGGUGCGAAUUAUUAUAUUCGCCAAGCGACGAAUCAACAGAGGAGAAGAAUUAUCAUACGAUUACAAAUUCGACAUUGAAGACGAUGCCCACAAGAUUCAAUGCAUGUGCGGCGCUCCAAAUUGCCGAAAAUGGAUGAACUAAAAAAUUAACCAAAAAACACAGACAGAGAUACUAACAUUAACAGUGAUCAUCAUCUAAAAUUAAGAAAGAAAAAAAUCUCGAAAAGGAAUUUGGCGAUGGAUCGAAUUCAAUCAAGCAUUCCUGAAAUGACGAAAAAAAUAUCGAGAAGGAGAUUUUUUGUAGAUCAAUUUUAUUUUUAAUUAUUUUUUUUUGUAAAUAUUUUUAUUUUAUUAUUUUUAAAGCAAUAACUAAAAUGUAACACUUGUGUAUAUUUAGAACAAAAAGUCAACCGUUGCUUAGCAUUUUUAUGUUGACAAUUUCUUAUAAAUAAUUUAACGAUAUCAUA